GUCAUUGUUUGCAUCAAGAGCCGUAUUGGCAUUGGUCGAGAUACAAUAGAAGUAAGGUGUUUCAAUUUGUACUAUUAGCCAGCAUGUGAGAGAUGCAUUAGUUUAUUGAUUCUGGAAGACGGUUUUCGAAUUCUUCAAAGACUUUACGGAAUGGCGAAGCUCCUCGGGGUUGGAGAUGUAUUGUUUUUAUUCUCUAAGGAACGUAGUAAGGCGAAAUGGUAGGCCUGCAUGAUCCAAGGACAGCCCCAAAGCUUCGCAUCGGACGUCCCUGUCCGAGAAGACAGACCAAAAUAAUGCACCAACCUCCGAGUUUUAUAUUGCUGUGGAACAUCGGAAGAUGGGGACAAUGCAACAAAAGAGUCGACUUCUUGUAUUGCAGUUGUUGAUAGGUAAAGUUUGUGAGAAGGUGAGUCAACGCCCAGAAGAAGAGAACAAAGUUCAGGUCAUGAAGGGUAGUUCGUUCUGCAUAUACAGUUCAGAUAUAUGAUGUUAUGAGGGUGAGUUGAUCCCGGAUAGAGAAGAAACGCAGGAUUGUAAGUUGCAGGAUUUCGUUUGGUUAAGGUCUAAUGAAGUUGUAAGAGCUCCAUUCACUUCGUAGAGGGGAGGCGAGUUGGAAUUCUAGUUGGCAAGUGAAAUGAGGGAGCCGAGUGGAAGAACAAAGAGGAAGAUACGAUGGAGUAAGCUGUACACGUUCUCGUGCUUCCGGCCCCCCAAUACUGAUCCAGUUCCCAUCGAAAACCGUAUAGGACGGCCAGGAUUCUCGCGGGUUGUUUUCUGCAACAAUCCUCAUCUGCAUAGGAUGAAACCUCACAAGUACCCAACCAAUUAUGUAUCCACGACCAAGUACAAUGUGGUGACGUUCCUCCCAAGGUCGCUCUUCGAGCAGUUUCGAAGGGUGGCCAAUCUUUAUUUCCUGCUGGCAGCAGUACUGUCCCUCACCUCAUUGGCUCCUUUCACUCCGCCGAGUCUGAUCGUCCCUCUCGUUUUUGUGGUUGGGAUCAGCAUGCUCAAGGAGGCGGUAGAAGAUUGGCACAGGUUCUUACAGGAUUUGGAAGUGAACUCUCGUGUCGUGAAAACUCACAUAGGGGAUGGUGUAUUUGUCGAAAAAGCGUGGCAACAGGUCUCGGUCGGCGAUAUUGUAAAAGUACAGAAGGAUCAGUAUUUUCCCGGUGACCUCCUUUUACUCUCUUCAAGCUAUGAGGACGGCGUUUGUUAUGUCGAGACUAUGAAUCUCGAUGGGGAAACCAAUCUGAAAGCUAAGAGAUGCGUAGAAGCCACUCUCGGUUUAAAUGAGGAUGCCACCAUGAAUAGAUUCGAAGCUUCCAUUUACUGUGAGGACCCGAAUCCGAAUUUGUAUUCCUUCAUGGGAAACUUGGAAUUUGAGAAUGAAUCGCAUCCUUUGAGCACUGCACAAGUGCUUCUGAGAGAUUCCAAACUUCGGAACACCGAGUAUAUAUAUGGAGUUGUCAUUUUCACCGGACCUGACACAAAGACAGUAAGGAACUCCAUGAAGUCGCCCUCUAAGCGUAGCCGGAUUGAGAGGAAGAUGGAUCGUGUCAUCUACGUUCUUUUCUCAAUGCUCAUUUUGAUUUCACUGGUGACAUCUAUGGCUUCUGCAGUGCUUGUGAGUUCCCAGAUGACAAGUUGGUGGUACCUCCGUUUACAAGACAAAGAUCUAUUCUUUAGUCCGUCAAAACCGGUAUUGUCGGCAAUUAUGCAAUUCAUAAGGGCUCUGGUGUUGUAUGGCUAUUUGAUUCCUAUUUCUCUCUAUGUGUCCAUUGAAGUGGUCAAAGUACUUCAAGCUGUCCUCAUUAACAAUGAUAUACAAAUGUUCGAUGAAGCGACAUGCCAGUCAGUCCGAGCCCGCACUUCGAAUUUGAACGAGGAGCUCGGUCAGGUAUCAAUCAUCUUAUCAGAUAAAACGGGGACUUUGACCUGUAACCAGAUGGAAUUUAGGAAAUGCUCCAUUGCAGGAGUCUCGUAUGGCGGGGACUUGAACGAAGUGGAUCUAGCUGCUUCUCGAAGGAUGAAUUCUGAUAUGGUUGCAUACAGGUCUAGUGUCGACGAAUCUGAUGCAAUGAGCCAAGGCAUCGAGAUCUGUGAAUUCCCUGAGGACGACAUUGGCAAUCAGAUGGGUUAUGUAGGUGCUCCAGAAUAUUUAGAGAGUCUGAACUUGAAAAACCAAAAAAUUUCGGAUGUUCACAGAGAAUCUUCCAUUAAGGGUUUUAACUUCCAGGAUGACAGGCUGAUGGAUGGGCAAUGGACUCGGUAUUCCAACGUGUACCACAUGACAAUGUUCUUCAAAGUGAUGGCUCUGUGUCACACCGGCAUACCCAUUGAAGACGAUCGAGCUGACAAGUUGAAGUUUGAGGCAGAGUCGCCGGAGGAAGUUGCUUUCUUGAUCGCCGCUCAGGAAUUCGGCAUACAGUUCUGCAAGAGGACACAAUCAGUAAUGGUUCUCAAGGAGCUCGACCGAGACUCAGGAAGUGUCCUGGAAAGGGAGUACAAGCUUUUGAACCUGUUGGAGUUCAGUAGUUCUCGCAAGCGGAUGUCCGUGAUUGUGAGCACCCAAGACGGUCAAAUCAUACUCUUGUGCAAAGGAGCGGACAGCAUCAUUUUUGAGAGGCUCGCCGACGAUGGCAAGUCGUACGAGGAGGCGACUAGUUCGCACCUUUUGUGUUAUGCUGAAGAUGGCUUUCGAGCGCUGGCCUUCGCGUACCGUACUAUCGAAAGGGCCGAGUAUGAACACUGGGACUCGGUAUUCACGAAAGCCAAGACCACUGUGGGUCCUGAAAGGGAUGAAUUGCUGGAGAGUGCGUCUGAAAUGAUCGAGAAGGACUUGAUUCUGUUGGGGGCUGCUGCCAUCGAGGACAAGUUACAGAAAGGGGUUCCGGAAUGCAUAGAUAAACUCGCUCAAGCAGGCUUGAAGAUUUGGCUGCUUACAGGUGACAAGAAGGAGACUGCAAUCAAUAUAGGAUUUGCGUGCAGCUUGCUUCGACAAGAUAUGGCGCAGUUUCAUUUGAGUUCUGUCAAGGACUCAGGAUGCGGCAACCAAUCAGAGGCGAUACUUGCGGCAAAAAAGGCCCUAGUAAGCCAAAUCGAAAGCUUUUCGCAAGGAAUACAGGUCGAGAACAAGAAGCAUAUGCCCUUUGCUCUGGUGGUUGAUGGGCAGGCCCUCGAGAUUGCUUUGAGAAGCGAUGUGAAGGAUCAAUUCUUACGGUUGGCUGUCGAGUGUUCUUCUGUCAUAUGCUGCCGCGUGUCGCCGAAACAGAAGGCCCUCAUUACCAGAUUGGUGAAAGAGUUCACGGGCAAGACUACCCUGGCAAUAGGAGAUGGUGCAAACGAUGUCGGCAUGAUUCAAGAAGCUGACAUCGGAGUCGGCAUUAGUGGCAUGGAAGGCAUGCAGGCCGUCAUGGCUAGCGACUUCUCGUUGCCUCAAUUCCGGUUCCUUGAGCGACUCCUGAUCGUGCACGGACAUUGGUGUUACAAGAGAAUCUCCAAGAUGAUCCUGUACUUCAUAUACAAGAAUAUCGUGUUCGGCUUGACAUUAUUCUACUAUGAGUUCUACACGUCAUUCUCCGGCCAGGUACUAUAUGACGAUUGGUACAUGACGGCAUUCAACGUCCUGUUGACAUCUUUGCCGGUCAUAUCCUUGGGAGUUCUUGAGCAGGACGUUCCAUCAGAUGUGUGUCAUCAGUUUCCGGCACUCUAUCAACAGGGUCAAAGAGGUAUAUGCUUCUCUUGGAAGCGAAUCAUCAGUUGGAUAAUAAAUGGCGCGAUUGCUUCCUUGAUCAUCUUCCUCUCAACCAUACACGCACUCUCCUCAGCCGCCUUCUCAGAGAAGGGCAAUGUCGCCGACAUAGCACACCUAGGCACGAUCACAUACACAUGCGUGAUAUGGACAGUGAAUUGCCAAAUCGCCCUCGUAAUCAGUCACUUCACUUGGAUCCAGCACCUGUUCAUCUGGGGAAGCAUAUUGCUGUGGUACAUUUUUCUGCUCGCCUAUGGCGCGCUCCCUCCCUCCUACUCUAAUACCGGAUUUCACGUGCUGACUGAGGCCAUCGGACGAGCUCCGAGCUUUUGGAUCAUCACGCUGCUUGUUGUCGUCGCAUCGCUGCUCCCCUACUUCGUUUACAUGGCCCUGCAAAGGACAUUCUACCCCAUGGACGACCAUGUGAUCCAGGAGAUGAAGCACUGCAAGAAGGACGUGUUCGACAAGCAGAUGUGGUUGAGAGAGCAGCGGAACUCGAAGAGGACGACGCAAGUCGGGUUCUCAGCCAGAGUCGAUGCGAAAACGCAUCAUCUGAAGGAAGCUAUGCAGCAGAGUGGAGCAUCAAUCUACAGGUCAUUCACCAACAGCCCCAUCUACAAGACACUGAGAAGUAGCCCAUUGUUCCAAUAGCCCGUAGUUAUUCGGAAUUCUCGGGAGAAACCGUGCUCGAGAUCAUACAUAUUCUUUGAUUAGUUUCAUUCGUAACACACACGGAAAUACCGGUAAAGAUUACGCGCUUCUUGUAUGUAGUUCUGAUAAAAAGUUUCGCUUUCCUUUCCACUUGUCCAGACUAUCGAUUCGGCAGCGGCUACUGGGGGCUCAAGGAAUGAACAGCAGCAUACUGCUUGCUUGUUUUUAUGCUUCAUUUGUUACCGUCCUAGUCGGAUGUCCAAGUCCUGUGGCC